AAAUAAAUGAUGCGCACAGAUAAAUAAUUUAUAAUAAAUACUGAAAUAUCUCAUAAUACACAACUACAUGUUGCAUGUGGUCAGCACCUCUAAUUAAAACCUUUUAGAAAUGGCAUUUCACACUCAAUAUUAUUAAAUUUGGUCUCAGACAUGCGUGCUCACGUGCAAUACUGGUAUUUCCCAGCAGGCACACUAGACACGACAUGGUGUGUAUAGUAGAAAAACACAGACAUACACGUACACACAGUCUGAACAGGGCAGUCUGUGUUGGAUCAGGAACGGAGGCUUCCCACAUAAUUCCUGUGCAUAAAUUCCUGCGUGUGUGAGAUUAAUUUGAGAGGAAAAGUUCCCAGAAAAGACAGAUUCAUCUUAAUGUUUAUUUGAGUUCAACCUCAAGUUAGAGACCCCUCCUAGGGCUCCGAAUGAACCCGGUUUCUCUUAUACAAACACAUACACAGAUCAAGGUGUGUUUGUCUUUCCUACCCAAACUCUAGGUUUUUCGGGACAGGUAUCCCCCUCCUCCCAAAACGGCUCGUCCACCUCGGGGAGACGGAUUUGAGGGCGGGUCUCCAAAAUUAAUCGAGCAGGUCAUUAGGACUCACGCCGCAUUACAGUAUGACGUUGCCGGGGUUUGUGAUGCUGCUAUGCAUCCUGGGAGCUCAAGCCACCGUGGAUCUGAGAAAUGCUGCUGCUAUGGCUGCAGGCUUGUGUAACACAAAGCCCACUGAUGUAGUGUUCAUCAUCGACAGCUCUCGAAGUGUCCGGCCGGCUGAGUUUGAGCAGGUCAAGGUCUUCCUGACCAAAGUGAUCGACGGUUUGAACGUCGGAGCUGAUGCUACUCGCGUGGGUGUCGUGAACUACGCCAGUCGGGUGAAGAAUGAGGUCUCUCUGAAGUCCCACAAAACCAAGGCUGCGCUUGUCAAGGCCGUGUCCAAGAUCGAGCCACUGUCCUCCGGGACCAUGACAGGCCUGGCCAUCCAGUUCGCCAUGAACGUGGCCUUCAGCGAAGCCGAGGGAGCGCGCAAAUCCCCCGACAUCAGCAAGGUGGCAAUUAUUGUGACUGAUGGCAGACCGCAGGACAACAUCCGUGAAAUUGCAGCAAAGGCGCGUGAGGCCGGCAUUGAGAUAUUUGCCAUCGGAGUGGGCCGUGUGGAACUGACCACGCUCAGGCAAAUGGCCAGCGAGCCUCUGGAUGAUCACGUGGACUACGUGGAGAGCUACAGCCUCAUUGAGAAGCUCACCAAGAAGUUCCAGGAGGCCUUCUGUGCGGACCUAUGCGCGACAAGCGAUCAUGACUGUGAGCACAUUUGCAUCAGCACACCCGGAUCUUUCAAGUGCGCCUGCAGAGAUGGUCACACACUCACGGGCGACGGCCGAACAUGCAGCGCUUGCAGUAACGCUGCAGAUGUGGUCUUCUUGAUCGAUGGGUCCAAGAGCGUGAGACCAGAGAACUUCGAGCUGGUCAAGAAAUGGAUCAACCUGAUCAUCGACAAACUGGACGUGUCAGAAACCAACACUCACGUGGGACUGGUGCAGUAUUCCAGCUCUGUGAAGCAGGAGUUUCCUCUGGGACGCUACAACAACAAAAAGGCCCUUAAAGAAGCCGUAAAAAAGAUGGGUUAUAUGGAGAGGGGAACCAUGACUGGACAGGCCAUCAAUUUCCUGGUGGACAACAGCUUUACUCCUAGCCAGGGCGCCAGACCUGGAGUGCCAAAGGUCGGUAUUGUCUUCACUGACGGCAGGUCGCAAGACUACAUUGGAGACGCCGCCAAGAAGGCCAAGGAGAACGGCUUUGAAAUGUUUGCUGUGGGCGUUGGCAAUGCUGUCGAGGACGAGCUGAGAGAGAUCGCCUCUAUCCCUGUCGCUGACCAUUACUUCUACACGGCAGACUUCAAAACCAUGAACCAAAUUGCCAAGAAGCUGCAAAUCAAUGUUUGUCAAGUUGAAGAUCCCUGUGAAUGUAAUUCCCUUGUCAAGUUCCAGAAAAAGGUGGAGGAGGCACUACAGGCAUUAACAAAGAAAUUGGACGCUGUGACGAAAAGGAUCACUGCCCUGGAGAACAAGAUAGUUUGAGAAGGAGCCAACCUCUAAUUCUUACACUAACAUCCUUUUCUUUUCUUGUGUAAAAUGUCUCCUGUGACCUCUGACCCUGAUGCUUUAGAUCCACUCCAUUUCUUUCUGCCUCUUUGCCUUCAUCACUAUAUUGUCCAUGGGGAUGGAGCACUGAAUAAAAGCGAAAGGAGUCAGUUUUCAAACAACCAUCUCCCCCCCUUCAACAUAACCCUGUAAGCUUGACUAUACAAUCUGAGAAGUACAACAAAGGACAAUAAAGUCUUCCCUGUGGGGAGGUGGUGUGUCUAUUAAAUACAGUCUUUCUUAAUUCUAGCUUUCUCAAACAAAUUCUUUCAGAUUCUGCCCCGAAAGUAUUAUUUUAUAAGGAAUAUAUAUGUAAUGGUAAUUUAAUAUAAGUUUUGACUUGAAAUAAAUGUGUGAAUGCUUGAUUAUUUUCUCAGAUUAAACACUCCAUGAAGCACACACACACAGACACAACACACAGACACACACACACACACAGGCAAACAUUCACUGACUCUGCAAGUGCUAAACAUGCUGCUUGUGAUGAUUCAAUAAAAUCCCUUUUUGUGUCUGUG